AUGUGUUGCACGGCUUCCAGUAAAAGCAUGGGCCCCCGUGACCACCGUUUGGAUUUCAUAUUCGUGUUUUAUGAAAAAAUAUUACGGAAAGCUCUACUACAACCACUGGCUUUACAUCACCAUCUUCGCGCUCACCGCCCAGUCAAACCGCCGCCUACCUGGGAAACGCCGCUUCCCCUCAGAAAAAAGUUCAACUGCAACAUGCCAUUCCGAACGCAGCAGGGUGUGAAUUCACGCUUUUCGGCGGCCUUCAGCUGUCAUAUCGGCAUCCUACCGAGCGUUCGCAGCCGCUCAAGAAACCGCUGUACCUUUCGAGCAGCAGCAGAGGAGGCUACAAGUACGUCUGGAAAGGAAAGUGGGGUCAACAUCACAAAAUACAAGAGUCAACGGUCUAUUAUUUCUGCAGACAAGAGUGAGAUAACGGCUGAAGAGGUGAACUCGCUCAUGGUGAAGGCGGGUAAACGAAGCCGGGAUUUGAACAAAUGGGACAAGGCACUUCAAGGCAGUUACGCUGUUGUAAGCGCGCGAUUAAUUUCGGACAGUCGUCUCGUGGGUUUUGCGAGGGCCACUUCAGAUAGGGCAUUGAAUGGGACGAUCUGGGACGUAGUGACAGACCCAUCACUUCCAGACGAGUUGUUAAUGAAGCGAAAUGUCGUCAAGUACUUGCUGCGGGAAUUGAGAAGAACCGUACCCGGCUGUAGCAUAGCAUUGUUUUCUUCAGACCUUGACAUGUCUUUCUUUGAGAGUUUGGAAUUCGUUGCGGACCCGGACGGAAUUAAGGGCAUGGCCAUGAUUGAUAAUCCUGAUCAGGCCUAUCUGUAACGGUGUACAAAAAUCCCAGGAUCCUUCGCGACCCAACUUACGAACUGAGAGACUCCAAUGGCAGGUCGUUAGACAUCGUCUGCCGGUUUAGGGUCCCGGCUGUUGCGUUCUAACCCUUUUGACUGUCUAUCACCCCCAAACGGAUUGUUUAUUUGGGUGCGAUGCGAUUUUUUCAGAGUAACUGGUCUCCUUAACCGAUCCCAAACUCUUGGGGUGUCAUCGGGUUUCGAGGUGUGGUGCGUAUAUGUCUUGCUGGACGCCCAAUCACCCUGCGAAACGUCAUUCAACCAAGCUGCGUCUCCGUGACCACUUUCCUUAUGGCGAGAACUAUUCCAACGCCUGUGAGGCCUUUGAUGAUUGCCACUGUCGCCGCUGCGGGGAAGAAGCUUGCGUACGGCCGAGUUUUUCAACGACAAUAAUUUUGUCAAAAGUCUCAGAUAAGCCAGUCUCUCCUUCGCAGAACCUCCGCCACUUUGCUUCCACGCAUCAUCAAUUCCCACGAGAUUAGCCACACAGAGGAGAAAGCCGCCAUAACUGGACACAACCGGGUUGAUAUCCAGCCCAAGUGCUCCCUUGCGGGCAACCCUUUUGUUCGUAGAAACACUCAUGACUAAAAACGGUGCAUAUGAACCCAAUAUGGGGCUGUUAAUUGCCAGGAUAUGAUGCCUCGGUACAAAGGCAUCUGUCCCCAGUACCUUG